AUGGCGCCGAAGAAGAAGCCUGCACACGGCCGCAAGGCCAAGGGCGUCAUGCAAGGCGCUCAUCGUCCUCCAAAGGAGGUCUCUGGUGCAGCCGGCUCGCGCGGUCCGUCUGAGCCCUCGUCACGAUCGGAAGCACCACAAUACGAGGCUGUCGGCGGCGAGUGGGUGGUGUGCCAAAAGCAGACGCGCAGUCAGCGAGCUGAAGCCGCUCAAAAGGCCUCUCGCGCGUCUACCGUCCAAAAGGCGCGGCUGCCCGCCGCAGCCGCCGCCUCCAAGGCUGGGCAGACCGCCUCCGCUUGCGUUCGCCAACCCGGCUACGGCAAAGGUCGGUCACCCGCGACCGCCACAGGCGCCAGGACGGCGCAGCGGCCUCGCCUUGAGGACUCGCAGCUGACUAGCGCCGCUGGCGUCGCGACGGGUAGCCUCAGCGUGCAGCUGGCGGAGGCUGCGGCCGCAGACGCACUCGAGGCCCUCGAGACCGGUGUGCAGACUAGGCAAUCUGCGUUGGCGAGGUCGCAGCUGCUGCGAGCGCAGCGGGCGGAGAUUGAGACUGCGCUCGCCAAUCUGCGCGAGCUCUGGCAGGAGAAGGAGCGCGACAUGCUGCGCCUGCUCUCCAACCCGCAGGCUGC